UGGUUCUUGUGAACGGAGGACACGAAUGAUCCCCCUUUGGCACUGCUUAAGUUGUUCUGUGCUCUGCAAGGAAUUAAUACCCUACAGAGGAGGAUAAAAAGCAAGGUUCUCACCCUGGGGGCAUCUGAAGGGGAGCUGCAACUCUGAUUCUGGACCCAAUUUCUGCAGACCUGGCCCCAGACACUGCUCUCUCAAGGAGCUAUGAAGCGGCACGUCUUUUUGGGGGAUUUCCUUUUUACGUUUAUCGUUUUCCAGUCCUUCUCUUUGGGCCUGGGCUACAACAGACUUCCAUUUUUUAUGAACUACUUCUUUGACACCUAUUUGCUGAUUAAUGAAGACACACCUGUAGGAACAUCGGUUACUCAGCUUCUUGCCAAAGACCUUGACGAUGACAAGUUAGUAUUCGGAGUUGUGGGAGAUGAGGCAACAAAAUUUUUUGCUGUGGAAAGUGAGACUGGUGUCGUGUGGCUAAGACAACCCUUGGAUAGAGAGACUAAAUCAGAAUUCACAGUUGAAUUUUCCGUCAGCGACAGCCAGGGGGUCAUUAAAGGCAAAGUAAAUAUUCAAGUUGGUGAUGUCAACGACAACGCUCCAACAUUUCACAACCAGCCAUACACUGUGCGCAUCGCAGAGAAUACGCCGGUGGGGACUCCAAUCUUCAUUGUGAAUGCAGUAGAUCCUGAUCAGGGUACAGGUGGCAGUGUUCUCUACUCCAUUCAGCCACCCUCCGAAUUUUUCAACAUUGACAAAUCUCGUGGCAUCGUAACAGUCAUAAAACAACUGGAUUACGAGGUCACUCAGGCGUACCAAUUACAGGUUAAUGCCACGGAUCAAGACAAGACAAAACCCUUAUCAACAUUAGCCAACUUGGCAAUCACCAUCACAGACGUGCAAGACAUGGACCCCAUCUUUGUCAACUUACCGUACAGCACAAAUAUCCAUGAGAACUCACCACCGGGAACAACUGUUCGCAUGAUAACCGCCGUUGAUCAAGACAAAGGACGUCCCAGAGGAAUUGGCUACACGAUAGUGUCUGGAAACACCAACAGUAUCUUCGCCUUGGAUUAUAUCAGCGGUGCCUUAACACUAAAUGGGCAGCUGGACAGAGAGAACCCCCUCUAUACAUCCGGAUUCACUCUGGUUGUUAAGGGAACUGAACUGUUGGACGACCGCAGUCCAUCUGACGCAACAGUGACUACAACAUUUAAUAUUCUUGUGAUUGACAUCAAUGACAAUGCCCCUCAAUUUAACAGUUCCGAAUACAGAGUCAGUAUACCAGAGCUGGCUCAACUGGGUUUUGCUUUGCCCCUUUACAUUCAAGUGCAAGAUAAAGAUGAGGGUUUGAACAGUGCCUUUGAGGUAUACAUGGUAGGAAACAACUCCAACCAUUUCAUUAUUUCCCCAACCUCCGUUCAAGGAAAAGCCGACAUCCGAAUGCGAGUGGCUGUUCCACUGGAUUUUGAGACAAUACCGCGCUAUGAAUUCUCUCUGUAUGCCAAUGAGAGUGCUUUGGACCAUGUGGGAUUUUCUCAAGUAAAGAUUGACCUCAUCAACGAGAAUGAUAACCGCCCCAUUUUCAGCCAACCACUCUACAAUGUAUCUCUCUUUGAGAAUGUUACUGUUGGGACCACCGUCCUCAGGGUUUUAGCUACAGACAAUGAUGUCGGAACGUUUGGAAAAGUGAACUAUUUCUUCAGUGAUGACCCAGACAGGUUUUCUCUUGACAAAGACACCGGGGUUAUCACCAUCACCGCCAAAUUAGACUUCGAGACCACACAGCGAUACACCCUCACAGUCAUUGCCAGGGACGGGGGUGGCGAGGAAACCACAGGGCGCGUACGCAUCAACGUUUUGGAUGUCAAUGACAACACCCCAACUUUUCAGAAAGAGUCGUAUCUAGGUGCAAUUCGAGAAAAUGAACCAUCUGUGGUCACUGUCGUCAAGCUCAGGGCUACAGAUGAAGAUUCAGCGCCGAAUAACCAGAUUACAUACAGUAUCGUGGAAGCCUCUGCGUUUCGCAAUGUUUUUGAAAUUUCCAUCUCUGAAGGUUACGGAGUGAUAACUGUGACUCGCCCCUUGGAUUACGAACAAAUUUCUAAUGGAGUCAUAUCUUUGACGGUUAUGGCAAAGGAUGCAGGCACACCACCCCUGAACAGCACUGUCCCUGUCAGCAUUGAAGUGUUUGAUGAGAAUGACAAUCCUCCCACAUUCAGCCGCCCAUCCUACAUCAUUACUGUGAUGGAAAACAUCAUGGCAGGAGCCACAGUGCUGUUUUUAAAUGCUACUGAUUUGGACCGCUCUAGAGAAUAUGGCCAGGAGUCGAUCAUAUACUCUUUGGAUGGCUCCCCUCAGUUCCGAAUUAAUGCCCGAUCAGGGGAAAUCACAACGACAACUCUUCUGGAUCGUGAAGCCAAGUCUGAGUACAUCUUAAUCAUCCGAGCAGUAGAUGGCGGUGUGGGAUCUAAUCAGAAAAUUGGUAUUGCUACGGUAAAUAUCACUUUGUUGGACAUCAAUGAUAAUGCCCCCCAAUGGAAGGACGAGCCAUUCCUGGUCAACCUGGUAGAGAUGACGCCGCCAGAUUCAGAUGUCACCACGGUUGUAGCAGUUGACCCCGAUCUGGCAGAGAAUGGCACACUGGUUUACAGCAUCAACCCUGCUAACAGGUUCUAUACCCUGAACAGCACUACCGGUAAAAUUCGGACAACGGGAGUGGUGCUUGACCGAGAAAACCCAAAUCCACAAGAAGCUGAAAUGAUGAGGAAGAUCAUCAUCUCUGUUACAGACCGAGGAAGGCCGCCGCUCCGAGCCACAAGCAGUGCCACUGUUAUAGUGAACUUGCUUGAUCUCAAUGACAAUGAUCCCACAUUUCAGAACCUGCCAUUUAUUGCUGAAAUCUUAGAGGGUGCACCUGUUGGAUCAUCUGUAUUUCAGGUGGUGGCCAUUGACCUAGAUGAAGGCCCGAAUGGAGCCGUGACCUAUCGCAUGCAGGUGGGCAUGCCACGGAUGGACUUUGUCAUAAAUAGCACUAAUGGACUAGUCACCUCUACAGCUAUACUGGACAGAGAAAGGACAGCAGAGUAUUAUCUUCGAGUGGUAGUCAGUGACUCAGGAACUCCUUCCAAAAGUUCAACCAGCACACUUACCGUUCGGGUUGGGGAUGUGAAUGAUGAAAGUCCUACUUUUUCCCCCACUUUCUACAAUAUAUCAUUGGCCGAAAAUGUACCUCGAGAUUUUGUGGUGGUACGACUAAACUGUACCGAUGCUGACACCGGACUGAAUGCUGAGUUAAGCUAUUUCAUUACUGGUGGAAACCAAGAUGGGAAGUUCAUGGUAGGCUUUCGAGAUGGUGUCCUACGCACAGUUGUGAACCUUGACCGGGAAACAAUGUCAUCCUAUAGCCUUCUACUUGAGGCAAUUGACAAUGGACCUGCCGGGAACAGAAAAACAGGAACAGCCACAGUUCGGUUGACUGUACUGGAUAUCAACGACAAUCGGCCCAUCUUUCUCAAGAGCAGCUACGAGGCCACUGUCCCAGAGAACCUGUCUGCCUCCAGUAGUAUUGUACAGUUGGAGGCUACUGACGAUGAUGAGGGAGAGAAUGGCAGAGUGUGGUAUCGAAUUAUCAGCGGAAACAGUCAAAAUAAUUUUCGAAUUGAUGGCAGCACUGGGCUAGUUUUGCGUGGUCCUCAACCUCUUGACCGAGAAUCCAAUUCCUCUCAUGUUUUGAUGGUUGAAGCCUACAACAAUGACCUGGGACCAAUGAGAAACUCAGUAAGGGUAAUUGUUUAUGUUGAAGAUGUCAACGAUGAGCUUCCAGUUUUUACACAGCAGCAGUACAGUCGCUUGGGGUUGCGAGAAACGGUUGGCAUUGGUACCUCUGUAACAGUGGUUCGAGCCACAGAUCGAGAUACAGGUGAUGGUGGACUGGUGAUAUACAAGUUAAUUUCUGGCUCGGAUGGGAAGUUUGAGAUUGAUGGAAGUACUGGACUCCUCACAACUAUUAAUUAUCUUGAUUAUGAGACUAAAACGUCAUAUUACAUGAAUGUGUCAGCCACGGACCAAGCAUUUCCCUUCAACCGUGCUUUUUGUACCAUUUAUGUCUCACUGAUGAAUGAACCCGACGAAGCUGUUCAGUUUACCAGUACAUCCUAUGAGGCAGUGAUAACAGAAAACAUUGCAACAGGCACUGAAGUGAUUCGAGUACAAGCCCGAUCUGUUGACAAUUUAAACCAACUGAGUUACCGGUUUGAUCAGAACACAAAUGCCCAGGCACAGGCUCUUUUCAAAAUCGAUGCAAUCACAGGUGUAAUAACAGUGAAAGGUUUAGUAGACCGGGAAAAAGGUGACCAGUAUAUUUUAACUGUUAUGGCAGACGAUGGCGGACCCAAGAGAGAUUCUGCUGUGGUAUCUAUUACUGUUCUGGAUGAAAACGAUAACUCCCCCCAAUUCGAUCCUACAUCUGAUUCUGUGGUCAGUGUUGCUGAGGACAGUGCCACCGGGAGGAGAAUCGCAUCAGUUGUGGCCAGAGAUCCAGAUGCUGCAAAUAAUGGCCUGGUGACAUUUUCACUUACAGCCGGAAAUGUAGGUGGUCUCUUUGAGAUUCGCACAACCAACAACACAGUAGGUGACAUUUUUCUGGUGAAAUCGUUGGACCGGGAAUUGCAAGAGCAAUAUAUAUUGAAGAUUCAAGCUUCAGACAGUGGUUCCCCACCAAGAAGAACAGACUAUACAUUGACAGUGAAUGUCUUGGACGUUAAUGACAAUCCUCCUAUCAUUGGCUAUCCAUAUGGCUACAACGUCAGUGUGUUAGAGAAUGUUGGAGGGGGGACAUCUGUGAUUAGGGUGACCGCAACAGAUAAGGACAAAGGCCUCAACAGUGUCCUUUCAUAUUACAUCACACAAGGCAAUGAAGACCUAACCUUUCGUAUGGACCUACUGACUGGUGAAAUUGCUACAAGGCCAUCGCCACCUGACCGCGAAAGGCAGAGCUUCUAUCGACUUGUGGUCAUUGUAGCAGAUGAAGGAAACCCUGCCCUUUCCGCAACAACGACAGUACUUGUGACAAUCCUAGAUGAAAAUGACAAUGCCCCUGUGUUUCAAGGGGUGCCAUAUGAGGUCACUUUGGAUGAGGGUCCUCUCACACUUAACAAGAUCAUUAUCACUACGACAGCAGUGGAUCGUGACGAAGGACCCAAUGGAACUGUCGCCUACUCCAUCAUUAGCGGCAACCUACAGAACACCUUUUCAAUAAAUAACGCAACAGGAUUGAUACGAGCUGUAAAGGAACUGGAUUAUGAAGUAUGUUUGGGCCGAUACACUCUCGUAGUGACUGCCACCGACCAGUGUCCGCUGGUGCUCCGUCGUAUGACAUCCACUACCACGGUUUUGGUCAAUGUAAAUGAUAUCAACGACAAUUGGCCCACAUUUCCAAAGGCCUACGAGGGUCCCUUUGAAAUUACUGAAGGGCAACCGGGACCUAGAGUGGCCACAUUUAAAGCUGUAGACACAGAUUCUGGUCUCAAUGGCCAAGUGGAGUACAGCAUUGUGGGAGGUGACAUUUUGGGAGAGUUUGUGGUAUCCUCAGUAGAAGGGGAUUUAAGAGUUAUAAAGGAUUACGAGCUUGACCGAGAGAACAUUGCUUCAUAUAACAUUACCAUCAUGGCAAAAGAUAGAGGAAACCCAUCAUUCAGCUCUACGGUUUUGGUGGAUGUCCGUGUGUUGGAUAUCAACGAUAAUGACCCAGUGCUUCUAAAUCUUCCACAAAAUAUUACCAUCAGCGAAAAUACCCCUGUAUCAACACCUAUCACUCGAAUUUUUGCUAGCGAUGCAGACACUGGGCGUAAUGCUCUCCUGACCUUCAACCUAACGGCUGGGAAUAUCGAGAACACGUUUUCCAUAAAUGAAAAUACUGGUGUGGUCUAUGUAAAUCGGCAGCUGGACAGAGAGAAAAUUAACGAGUACAGGUUAACUGUGACCGUGAAGGACAAUCCAGAAAACACACGAAACUCAAGAAGGGAUUUUGACCUGUUGAUUGUGACGAUAUCUGAUGAAAAUGACAACCGCCCUGUGUUCACUCAAGAAUCAUUCCAGGCUGAAAUUAUGGAGAACUCUCCAGCAGGAACAGCUCUCACAGUCCUGAAUGGGCCUAUUCUAGCUUUAGAUAAUGACUUAGGACAAAAUGCAGUGGUAUCUUAUCGACUACUUGGGACCUUCGUGGAUCUGUUUACCAUAAGCAACAGCACAGGCGUCGUGACUUUGGGCAAUGCCAGAACAAUUGACAGAGAAGCUUAUGUAGUUCCAGUACUGAAUCUGACAUUAGUAGCCGAGGACAUUGGAAGACUGAAUGGCACAGCCAGGCUUAUUGUUACAAUAUUAGAUGCCAAUGACAACAGGCCUAUUUUUAUUCCACCGAAUAUUCUUGUGCAUCUGCGAGAAAACAGCCCACCAGGUUCUUCUGUUGUUCAGGUUGUGGCUACAGAUAGGGACAGUGGUCCAAAUCAACAGCUUACCUAUCGUAUUGAAAGUGGUGCUCAGGAUAGGUUCCUUAUUAACUCAUCUACUGGGGUCAUCAGAGUAGCCAACGUCACAGUGGAUCGAGAAGAGAAAGAUGUCUACAGGCUGACUGUGGUGGCCACAGACCAAGGCACUACCCCUUUAUCCGGAAGCACCACUGUUAACAUACUUAUAGAUGAUGUCAAUGACAGCCCACCAGAAUUUAUCAACCCCAUCCAAACUGUGAGUGUCUUAGAGUCUGCCGAAGUGGGAACCAAGGUAGCAGAGGUCACUGCUAUAGACCGAGACCUGAAUCCACGUCUUGAGUAUUACAUCAUUGAAAUUGUGGCAAAGGAUGAUACCAACGCUAUCGUGCUUAACCAACAAGGAGAUUUCUACAUUGAUUUCAAAACGGGAGCCGUUAUGGUAAAAUCUACUCUAAACAGAGAGCUUGUAGCUACGUAUGAUAUUACAAUCUCCGUUUACGAUAAUGCUAGUGAGGUGGUGGACAAAUCAGUCAGUAUUCCUAAUGCAAAACUCACCGUGAAUAUUCUGGAUGUUAAUGACAACACUCCCAGAUUUCGUCCUUUUGGAGUGACUGUAUUCACUGAGAGAAUAGUGGAAGGUGCAACCCCUGGGACAACCCUGAUUUCCGUGUCAGCUGUAGACCCAGAUAAAGGACUUAAUGGACAGAUAACCUACUCCCUUCACAAUCUUGUACCUGCUGGAUAUGUACAACUGGAAGACAGCAUGGCUGGUAAGAUUGUUGCAAAUCGAACGGUUGACUACGAGCAAGUUCAGUGGUUAAAUUUCACAGUUAGGGCUUCAGAUAACGGAUCCCCUAGAAGAUCUGCUGAGAUUCCAGUUUAUCUACAAAUAGUGGAUAUUAAUGAUAACAACCCAAUCUUCAGUCAAUCAUCAUAUCAGAAACCCGUGUUUGAGGAUAUCCAACUUGGUUCAACAGUACUGCAAAUUAAAGCCACUGAUGCGGAUUCCGGGCGCUUUGCUCUCAUACAGUACAGCCUUGUGGACGGAGAGGGGAAAUUUGGGAUCAAUCCUACAACGGGCGAUAUCUAUAUCCUGUCUCCCUUGGACAGAGAGAAAAAAGAUCACUACACGCUCACUGCUAUUGCCAGGGACAACCCCGGAGAUAUCGCCAGCAACCGUCGUGAAAACUCUGUGCAGGUUCUUAUCACAGUGCUGGAUAUCAAUGACUGCAGGCCACAGUUUUCCAAGAGCCAAUUCAGCACAAGUGUGUACGAAAAUGAACCUGAGGGCACAUCUGUCAUCACUGUGUCCGCAACCGAUCUGGACGAAGGAGACAAUGGGGUGGUGACAUACAAUCUUGAGGGCCCAGGCGUAGAGGCGUUUCUUAUUGAUACAGACUCUGGACUCAUAACAUCACGAAGACUUCUGCAAUCCUUUGAGAGGUUUAACUUAACAGUUGUGGCAACAGACAAAGGCAGACCACCUUUGUGGGGAACAGCUAUGUUAAGGGUGGAAGUAAUUGAUGUCAAUGACAAUCGGCCUGUGUUUGUACGACCUCCGAAUGGUACCAUACUCCACAUAAAAGAGGAAAUUCCUUUGAAGUCCAAUGUGUAUGAAGUAUAUGCCACUGACAAUGAUGAGGGGAUGAAUGGCGCUGUACGUUACAAUUUUCUGAAACCUGGGGCUGGAAACAAGGACUGGGAGUAUUUUAGUAUUGAUUCAGUUAGUGGGCUUAUUCAGACCGCACAAAGGUUGGACCGAGAGAAGCAAGCCAUUUAUAAUUUGAUAAUUGUAGCCAAUGACCUUGGGCAACCAGUGCCUUAUGAAACCAUGCUGCCUCUUCAAGUUGCAUUGGAUGAUAUCGAUGACAAUGAGCCCAUCUUUGUGAGACCACCAAGAGGGGCCCUACAGUACCAAAUUCUAUCGGUCCGGGAACACUCCAGACCAGGAACUGUGGUGGGAAACAUCUCUGGUGGAGUGGAUGCAGAUGAGGGAUCUAAUGCAAUUGUCUACUAUUUUAUUGCAGCUGGUAACCAAGAUAAUAAUUUCCAGCUGUUACCAGAGGGGAAGCUAACAGUGCUCCAGAACCUGGAUAGGGAGAAGGAACCAAUUUACACCAUCAUUGUUAAGGCCUCCAGCAACAAGAAUUGGACACCCCUGAGGAGUCUGAGGGCAUCUCACAGCUAUGACCCAAGCAUGGAUUCUACUCUACAAGAAGUGAGAAUCUAUCUGGAAGACAUUAACGACCAACCACCCAGGUUUACAAAGUCUGAAUAUACAGCUGGUGUUGCAACGGAUGCGAAAGUUGGCUCAGACCUAAUUAAAGUUCUAGCUGUCGAUGCUGACGUGGGCAACAACAGUUUGGUAUACUACAGCAUCCUGGGAAUACACUACAUUAAACUGAACUCCAAUGAUUCGGUCGCGGUGAAAAAUAUCUUUGUUAUUGGUCCUGUUGAUGGCAUCAUUAGGACAUUUGAUCUAUUUACGGCAUACAGUCCUGGCUACUUUGUGCUGGACAUCAUGGCUGCAGAUCUGGCAGGGCACAAUGAUACUGCUGUUGUUGGAAUUUACAUUUUAAGGGAUGAUCAGCGCUUGAAGAUAGUUAUUAAUGAGAUUCCAGAUCGAGUGCGCGAGUUUGAAGAGGAGUUCAUACGGUUGCUGUCCAACAUCACAGGGGCCAUUGUGAACACAGAUGAUGUCCAGUUUCAUGUGGACAAAAAAGGUCGGGUGAACUUUGCCCAGACAGACAUGCUGAUCCAUGUGGUAAAUCGAGACACUAACAGAAUUCUAGACGUAGAAAGAGUUAUCCAGAUGAUUGAUGAAAAUAAAGAGCAAUUACGAAAUCUUUUCCGCAAUUAUAAUGUCCUGGAUGUUCAGCCUGCCACCGCAGCACAAGCAGCAGAGGACUUGUCUGCCUUACAGAUGGCAAUUAUUAUUUUGGCUAUUCUCCUGUUUCUGGCUGCUAUGCUGUUUAUAUUUAUGAACUGGUAUUACCGGACAAUACAUAAACGGAAGCUAAAAGCAAUUGUAGCUGGCUCAACUGGUAAUAGAGGAUUUAUGGAUAUUCUUGAUAUGCCUAAUACAAAUAAAUACUCAUUCGAAGGAGCAAAUCCCGUGUGGCUCGAUCCCUUCUGUAGGAACAUGGAGCUAGCAGCUCAGGCGGAACAUGAAGAUGACUUGCCAGAGAACCUAAGUGACAUCACAGACCUUUGGAACAGCCCAGCUAGAACACAUGGUACUUUUGGCCGAGAACCAACGGCUUCCAAACCAGAAGAUGAUCGCUACCUUCGUGCAGCCAUCCAAGAAUAUGACAACAUUGCAAAACUUGGCCAGAUCAUGCGAGAAGGACCCAUUAAGGGAUCGCUGCUGAAAGUGGUGUUGGACGAUUAUAUGAGGCUAAAAAAACUGUUAGCUCAAAGGAUGGUUCAUAAGGCCACCACAAGCACUGGGGACCAAUCCUCGGUCACAGAGUUGAUCCAGAAUGAUUUAGAUGAUGAUGAAGACCAGAGCCCAAUGCAUGGUUCCCUCCGCUUUAAGCACAAACAGCCAAUUGAAUUAAAAGGACCAGAUGGGAUUCAUGUGGUUCAUGGAAGCACUGGAACAUUGUUGACCUCCGAUAUAAAUAGUUUACCUGAAGAUGACCAAAGAGGUCUUGGGCGAUCUUUGGAGACUCUACAUACGGACAAUGGUAUUUUGUAUGACAGAAACGCUCGAACAGAGUCUGCCAAGUCAACACCAAUGCACAAGCUGAGAGAUACAAUCGUGGAAAGCCCUCUGGAGAUAACAGAGUUAUGACUAGAGGUGGCCUCAUUGGUCUAGCAGUUAAGAAUUAUGUACUGAGCUGGAACUUCAAUGUCACUGCACAAAAUGAAAGGGUCGGACUUGCACAAUGUAGGCUGCAGAAGGUCUACAAAGAGGAAGCACAAUUUAGGCUGCAGACAGACUACAAAGAGGUAGCACAACUGGGCCGAGGAAAGCCUACAAAGCACAAAAUGAUUGACCUUCUCUCACUCAGGUCGGACUAUAAAAGUCUUAUACAAAAGGCUUAUGACAAAGCAAGGACAACUUUUAGUUUUUGAAGGACGAAAAUUGGGAAUUUUGCAGCUGCACAAAUUACAGCAUGUUGCUUUAAUGGGUUUGGAACAAUGGACAUGAGAGCACAUUAUUGUGUUUUUUGGCCUUCUUUCAUCAAUUGAAGAGAAAUGUUAAGUUUGAGAAUGGGGAGAGGUAAACUAUUGCUCGGUACCAAGAUUUCUUAUCUGCAGGCGGUGGAAGAACUCUAGAGAAUAGACCAAAAACUCUGGUUUGAAAACUAACCACUGCCAUAGGCCUUUGAGGUCAUAUAAGAAAAUUCUUUGAACUUCAAAAAAACAUCUUCAUGUUCUGUGUGCUAGUUCCAAGGUUGCAUCACCAGGAAUUCUGGACGAGGUUUUAUGUGUGCACUUUCAUUUAAAAUUCCAAUGUCUGUCAGUUGUGAUUUUUAUUUUUCCAUAUUUUUUUUGUUGGUAGGUGGGAUGAAGAAAUCGAUAUAAGAUUGAAAAAUAAACAAAUAAAACGGUUCUAAAAUGCUUGGGCCAGAAUAAAUUUUUUUUAUUUUCUUUGUCAAAUAUACAAAGAGAGCAGAAGUUAACAA